CAUAAUUCAGUGCUCAUUCUCUCCGAGACAAACUGGUCUUUUUUCCGUUCAUCAAUCUCGCGAUAGGGCUCGCGCUGCUCAAAGUUGGUGUUCAGUUGGCUCUUGCUGAUAAUUACCAGCCAUUUUGCGUUUAUAUCAUGAAAAUAUGAGAAAUAGGAAUGGCAUGCCGUUCGGAUGUCUUCCUGGGAGCCUUAAUUGAAUUCUUCUAAUGAGGGCACACAAAGGAAGCGGUCCCAAUCAUCUUGUGGGCACGUGAAGCUUGUUGUCAUUUGGUGCAUAUGGCGUUGCUCUUGGCUUCCCGUGCUGCCCGCAGGCUACGGCCUCAAUGCUGGGCGUCCGCUGCCACUGUCUUCUUCGCCCCUGGCCAUAGGAAACCUAGUCCCAUCAAGCCCAUCCUCAGUCCCAAAACUCUGGGGACUCUCUUCUCAGCGCCCAUCGGAUCACCGGGGUAUCAUCUUCUGGCCUUGCGCCAGACUCUAUCUCUCGCAUCCAUCACCAGUUUUAGCUCCUCUGGAAAUCCAAAUAAGGAGGAAGAUGAGGAUGAGAAGCCUUGGAAUCGACGGUCGGCAGUGUCCAACUCAUCUUGGAUUGAUCUCUACUUGCCGGAUUCUUUGCGGCCGUAUGCUCUUCUGGCUCGUUUGGAUAAGCCCAUCGGCACCUGGUUGCUGGCUUGGCCUUGCUUCUGGUCUAUUACCAUGGCAGCACAGCCUGGUGAAUAUCCCGAUUUGAAAAUGCUAGCAUUGUUCGGUUGUGGGGCAGUGCUUCUAAGGGGCGCUGGCUGUACAGUGAAUGAUCUUCUUGACCGUGACAUUGAUGUGAAGGUGGAACGUACCAAGCAUAGACCAUUUGCAUCUGGUCUAUUAACACCAUAUCAAGGGGUUGGCUUCCUUGGAGUUCAGCUUCUAUUGGGUUUGGGAAUUCUUCUACAGCUCAAUAAUUAUAGCCAAAUUCUGGGGGCAUCAUCAUUGCUUCUUGUUUUUUCAUAUCCUCUGAUGAAGAGAUUGACAUUUUGGCCUCAAGCAUAUUUAGGUUUGACCUUCAACUGGGGAGCUUUAUUAGGAUGGGCUGCAAUCAAGGGGAACUUGGAUCCUGCAAUUGUGCUCCCAUUGUACAGUUCAGGUGUAUUUUGGACGCUUGUGUAUGAUACUAUUUAUGCUCAUCAGGAUAAAGAAGACGACCUGAAAGUGGGUGUGAAAUCUACAGCUUUGAGGUUUGGAGUUCUGACAAAGAAUUGGAUCAGUGGAUUUGGGAUUGCAUGCAUUGGUAGCUUAUUUGUCAGUGGUUUCAAUGCAGAGCUUGCAUGGCCGUAUUAUCUUUUUCUUACAAGUGCAGCUGGGCAGUUAGGAUGGCAAAUACUGACUGUUGAUUUGUUCGACCAUUCAGAUUGCAAUAGAAAAUUUGUAUCCAACAAAUGGUUUGGAGCGUUGGUCUUCUCUGGAAUCUUAUUGGGCCGGUUGGCAUCAUGAAAGGGUUUAGUAAUGUUGGCUCUGCUGCACAUGAUUCUGGUGGCCUUCUUGAGAUCGAUUUCUGUCCCUUGGUGAACUCUCAUUGCAACAUGGAGCGUAGUGAUGGUAGAAUUUAAAUUUCAACCUAAAGGUUUGACUAACAAGGGAAAACAUGUUGUGGUAGACCUAGAGAUUAAUAGGAUAUAAGAGACAAGAAACAAAUAAAGAAGAUAGGAGAAUUUGCAUAAUUCAGUCAAUUUUACCCAUAUUCACAUGCAGGGAUAGUAUUCUUAUUUCUUUGAAAAUUAAGACAAGAUAAUGCAACCUUAAAACCAUAUAUAAGCCAAGAUCAAGCCGUUUUAGGUUGCUCCGAAUUAUAUUAUGACAAUCAGUCAAUCACCCUUUGCUUCCACCACGAACCACACAACAAAAAAACUCCUCUGGUCGUGCUCCCAAAAAAGGGUUGAAUCACUAAUUAGGUCGGAUCAUGAAAUAAUGCAAGGCACAUUACAAAGUAGCAUCAAUCAUGUGUUAGGAUUUCAUAAUCCAUUAGUUGUGUCAAUUUUUUUCCUUGUUUUUCCUUAUAGUUUCAGUCAUUUUCAGUUCUCAUACAAAUGUCUAUGGUGGUUCAUAAUUGAUCUCCUUUAGUACGGCACAAUAAUGCAUUUUCACAACUGUUGAAUUUUCCAAGCAUUUGAGAAAAUUAUCUGGUAUUAUGUAACUUCCAUAAUUUGAAAACAAAAAGCAAGGUCCCUUUCUUGUUAAAUAUUUGGGUGCCUCUGAGUUAAUUCAAUCCCUUGAGUAGUGGCCAACUAUGCUUUGAAUAUUAUUGUCAUAUACAUCAACAGUUUAGGUUUAUACUGAAGGGAAUUUUUUUUCAUGUUAAAAUAUGUUCUGUUAUUAAUUGUGAAAUCCCAUUUUCCAUUUCCUUAUUGUCAUAUUAAAUAUUAACACACCUCCACAUUUCAAGAUUUGCUGCAAAAGAAGUAUAUUUCUUGGUUUUCAAGUGUCAUUUGGGGCUGAUGUUCCAGUAGGAAUAGAGUAUUUGAAAGAGAAGAAAAGGUUGUCUAGGAGAAUCAACUAAUUAUAUGUUUAAAUAAAAAUUCUUACAGAAAACCAGGAAAUACUAGAAGGGCUUUUUGUUUGUUUGUUUUGUUUGUUUUUUUUUAAAAUUUAUUUAUUAAAACACGGGGUGAAAGUGUAGAAGGUAAGUAAUAUCGCGUUGGGAUGGAAGGGCUUGAUCUGUAAUUUCAUUGAGAAUGUGUGAUGCUAUAGGUAUAAAGAACAGUUAUAGAAGCAAUGCUUCCAUCUCAUAUUUUCUUCUCAAAUUAUCUGUGCACUGAAACAGUAAAAACUCCGGUCCAUGAUCGGUUUCUCAAGUAUUGUUCAUUUUUUUGUCUUUUGUUAUUGUAUCAAUUUUCUGUACUCAUUACCAUUUUAGUACCCUUGUCAACUUUGCUUGAUAUGAUACGCCAACGAUCAAAUGAUCUAUUGGUAUAUGGGUCGCCGAUAGAGCUCUUCACCGAGUGGUGAGAGUUUGAUUCUCGGUUGAGGGCACAUUUCUGGGAGAUGUGAGCGGUGGUUGUGUGCAAGUCGUCCCAACGCCCAUGUGUGCGCGGGACCUGCCCCCACUUGCUCCACCGAGGUUUGUGCAUGCCCCUGACGGUUUAGCAGGGCCUUCAGCUGUCUGUUCCUCUUGUCAAAAAAAAAACUUUGCUUGAUAUAUGAAUUUAAGAUCACAGUAUCGAGUCUAUAUAUUUAUAUGUUUAUAUAGAAUAAAGUAUUGAAUCUAUGUAUUUUGAAUAAAGCACUGAGUCUAUUCAUUCAAUCCUCCAUGUUUACCAAUGAGUGAUAAUUGUAUAUAAUUCAUGGUAAACAGUGAACUAUUCUCUGAUGAUCUUAGUUUGAAUCUGCACUUUGACUGAUGCAAUUCCAUUAAACCUGCAGGAAAUUAGAGCUCAGGAAGGAAAGAUUGAUUGACUAUAUUUUUGGACCAUCAAUGGACCAUUCAGUUGUGAUCUAGUGUUUUAAAGCCAAUAUGGAGUUAAUGUUGUGGAUUGAUUUGCAUGGCAUAUCUGCAUUUAUUUGUGGGUAUAUUGAUCAUCAUUAUCUAGAAUUGCUUUUAGAGGCUUGUCUGAAAUUGAAUGAAUACUCUUUGUAUGGAUAUUUAUUUGUACAUGAUUUAAUUAAGGCAUUUAAAGUUCCAUCUGAA